AUGGCUUUGGUCAAGGAGAGCUUCGACAAAGCAACUGGUGUGCUGCUUGAUAUCCUGUUGGACCUCGUCUCUGGAAAGCAUUUUUCCGAUUGUCAGGAGCUUGCUUCCCAAGCUGGUGGAAUGAUCAAAGCCUUGCAGAACAUGGGUGGCCAAGAAGACCUCCAGCUCCUCAAGGACUUGAAGAUUGUGACAGACAUGUUUGAUGGCCAUUCCAAAUCCAUUUCUCCAAGCAAUGCUGCACCUGCCCCAAGCCUGCUGACUGUGUUGACUGCCGAAGGCAAGCUUGAUCAUGAGGCCGACGCAGAACGUGACAGGCACUGGAAAAUGAUCCAAUCUGAGAGGAGAAGGUUUGUUAGCUUUGGAAUCCCCAAGAAUUGGUCCAAAGAUGGUCUUCUGGCAUCCUUCAGAGCUUCUGGGAAGGUCUUUGCACAGUCUAGGCAGCUCAACAGCAAUCACAGAUUGUUGUGUGCAUCUGCUGAUCUUUUUGUUGAGCAGGGCGAUGAGCCUUGGGCUACCCCUUCUGUUCCUCCACCGAACCUUUGGAAAGAGAUUCUGGCUUUCAUGGGCUCCAGCGCCACCGGGCCAGCAGACUUUGUGAUGGCAUUUGAUGGGAGGAUGCGUGAAAUGCGCCGCCUGAGUGAAGAUGAUCUGCUCAGCCAAGCCCAUGCCUGUGAAGGUGCAAUUGUUUACACUGGUGGCUGCCCCCCACGGGCCGGGAGAUCCCGUAAAGUUCCCUUGUCUGGCAGAAAGUUGGAGACCAUGGGCAUCAGAUGCCCCGUGCAGCGGUCCCGCAUCAAGGUAUCGAAAAAGCAGACCUUCACCGCGUGCGGUGAAGAAAGGACAUACCAGGGCACCUACACAGGUGUUUCGUUUCGAGCCUGCAGUGAAAUCCCAUUGAUUUCCAUGCAAGAGAAGUAUAAGCUGCUGGGCCCAAACGGCGUCUUGUCAGUGCCUGAGCUCCCAGAGGACUGGGUGGAACGCAAUGGAGAAGGUUGUCCGCUGUUUUGGCACGAAUCCAAGCCCAUUGCCUUGUGGUGUGCCUUGCUUGGCGAAUGGAAAGUUCAUGCAGUUCUGGAUUGUAGCCCUGGAAGUGGUGCCCUAAUGGAAGCUAUCGCUGACAGAGCAGCACGCGGACUCAUUGCUGCGGAGGGGAACUCCUUAUUUUCCGAGGAGAAUGCCACUGCAGUGAAGAAAUCAUUUCCAGACGUCAUUGCUUGUUUGGCAAAGGCCCAGGAGGAAGACGAUGCUCAGGGCGUGGCCAGCAAGUUGCUCCUCAUGAUUCUACGUGCUGCCUUCUGUCCAAAAAUCAGACUUGGAUGCAAGACUGCCAUUGAAGCAAUUGCGAAGACCAAGGGCAAAACAGCCCAGCCUUCCCAGUGCAGCGACCAUGUGAAAAAAGGCAGAGCAGCCAAGCCGCAACAAAGUGGCUGCAAGUCCCUUGUGAAGACCAAAGGCAAAACAGCCAAGCCUAGGCAGAGUGCUAGGCGCAUGGCAGUGAAGCAAAGUUUGGUUCCCAAAGCAAGGAGGGCAUUCGCCCUAUUGUUUGGUGAGAACACCAAAGUCAAGAAAGGAGCUUCAAAGUCUGAGUAUCAAGCAGAGAUGCGAAGAGUUGCGGCGCUUUGGAAACAAUUGGAUGACAAGCAGAAGGCUCCUUUCCACAAAAAAAGCCUUGAAGAAUUCCAAGUACAAAGGGACGCAAUGGGGCGUUUGGGCUUCGAUGUUCGGAAGUGCUUGCGGCCGGGCAAGUGCGAGGAUCGCGGUGAAUCCGAGCUAGCCCCCCGGAAUGCUUUGCCCCAUGCCCAGCGCAAGUUCCGCAUUGGCAGUUACACCGUCGUAGAGGAUCAGCUGGGUAGUGGCUCUUGUGGAAAGGUAUUUUCUUCCUGCUGCCCAAAUGGCCGGUCUUGUGCCAUCAAAGUCUACCGCAGCCGGCAAGCACAUCAUGAGGCAGCGUUUGAGCUUGCUACUUACGAGAAGCUCGGGAAGCUGGCAAUGCCGCAUUGCCAAUGGUUUCCUAUGGUCGUGGACUUGGACGCCUCAGGACGAUCAUGGCCCUGGUUGGCACUGUCCUACACUGGGGUUAGUUUGGCAGCCCGUUUGAACGCUGGAGGCCCAAUGCCCCAAGACUUGGUUGAACACUUGUUGCUGCAAUUGAAGGCUGCAAUCUGCGUGUUGCACGAUGAGGCCAAACUCUUGCACUUGGACAUCAAGCCGGAUAACAUGCUGUGGUGCAGUGAGCGGCGAGAGCUGCGGCUGUGUGACUUCGGCAUGUCAGAGCCUGCACCUCGCCUUCCAUGUCCACAGUCCACGGUCCACGGUCCAUCCAAAUCUUCGGCACCGCAGGGAGAACGGGCAACAGUUGCAGCCCCAAUCCCAACAACCGAGCCACGCUUCACAGAAUAUGUAACGCCCUUUGGAGCUGCAGCAUUGACCAGGGCAGUGGAUUUGUGGAGUUUUGGCUGCGUGGUCUUUGAAGUUGUUACUGGCAAGCCACUCAUGAAGCCUCUGGACCGACGGCAGCCGACUUCCAAACAGUGCGUUGCUGAAUGGUGCAAAGAUUGGCCAGAGCUGAUUGCUUCCUCCGCCUGCGUUGCCGGUACUCGGGGAUCUUGGAGCUGCUGGCGUGCUCGUAUGUGGUCUUGUGGCAUGUGGAGCUCUGUGGUGCUGAACGCUUGCUUCCCUGAGCCAAAGUCCAGGAAGUGGAUGAAAGAUGGUGCUGCCCACAUCAACCGCGCUGACUGA